AUGUGACUCUGUGUGUUUUUUUUUGUAUAAGUUUGAAGAUAUUAUACUAUAUCUUCUUCUUUUUAGUUGAAUCUGAAUUAUUUUGUAUACAAAACUCUCUCGGUUUUGACUUUUAUUUUAUGCGCGUUUUUGAUCGCCAACCACUGAAUCGUUUGACAAAAUUUGUUUGUCUCAUAGAAAAAUUACCGACAACAAUUGCUUCAUCAAAUCGUGCAAACAUCCGAAAUUUUACGUUUCAGUGAAGUGUAAACAAUAUUUCAAAUUCACAUGUGCGUGCAUUUCCCUUCUUUUUUUAAAUGCUAAAAGAAUUUUUUUUUAUUCAAUUAUUUUUUCGAACGAAUAUGCAUUAGACGGUUUUAAAAAAAAAUAUUCGUUUGUUUGUGAGAGAGAGAGAGCGUGCGUGAGUAAAAUCUACAAGACAAUAAACAACAACAAUAAGAACAAUUCACACCACCGAAACAAAAAUUUCCCCGAUCCAAAGAAUUUCGAAAAUAAUUUUAAAGUCAUAGGCUGCUAAAGGAUUUAUAUGUCGUAUAUUUUGGAAUUGUCAUUCGCAUAUAUCUAUUCGCAUAUUUAUUUUGUGUGACCGUGUAUACACCGAAUUCAUUCACAGGCGUCCUAUUGAAUUUCGCUCAGAUUUUUGGUGAUUUUUGAGAAGACAUACAAUGGCAUCGAGGAAAAGCACAAAUGAUAGUGCGUCCAGUUCGAGGGGAAAUCGAAGUACGAGCAAAGAUGACAGUGGCACCGAUCCCAAUACCAGCGAUGACAAACUAUUCGAACCAUCAUUGGAGAUGAUGGUCAACGACUUUGAUGAUGAGAGCACCCUCGAAUUAGAAGAAAAAAUGGCAUCAACCGAAGCACAAGAUCCAAAUGCCGAAUUAAAUAGUUUACAAAAAGAAGGAGAUAUGCCAAUUGAGGAAUUAUUAGCAUUAUAUAAUUGUGUAACGCCACCGAUUCAUACGUUCACGCCAACGGGCGGAAAACGAAAAUCGAAAACAUCACGAAAUGCUGGCAUUGAUAAAACACUUAUGCCACCGCCAGACACGAUGAAAAACACACCAGAAACAUCGACCAGCGAUAAAGCCAAGGAUGAACAAUCGGAACAACGUUCUGCUAUAGCCGAAACAGAAACCACAACUGAAAUAAAACCUAACACAGACACACCGGUCAAAGAUGAAGAAAUAAAGGAAGAAACUCCAUCGGAACCUAGUAAAAAUGUGAAAGAAGAAGAUGAAUCAGUAGAAAAAGUGAAUGAAAAAGACCGUGGCCAAUCAUCAAUGGUGGUGGUGGUGGAGGAAGUAGAACCAACGAAAACUGAGAUUAAACAAGAGUCGAACGAAAUUAGCUGUGGCAAUGACAAAGAAAAUAAUUCUAAAAAUGACAACCAAUCGAAAUUAGAUCCGAAGAAUUCUUCGGAUACCAAUGAUAGAGAUGAAGAGAGUGAUACAAAAUUGGAUUCAACAAUUAUCAAAAAUGACGAAAUUAAAAAGCCCAAUGAAGAUGAGACAGUUGAAGAAACAUUGGAUAAAGAUGAAGAAGAAUCCGAAGAGGAGGAGUCUGAAUUGAAAAAACUAUAUCCCGAAACGUAUAAAACCAAUGAGCCACGACUUUUACGAGCUAGUUCUCAGCCAAACAGUGACGACGAAGAAGAAGAGGACAUUGAUUAUAGUCCGGAAGAGGAUGAAUUUAAAAAGAAAAUCAUGGUUGGCAGUGAGUAUCAAGCUCAAAUUCCCGAAGGUUUGUGUCGUUACGACGAUGCGUUACCAUAUGAAAAUGAGGAUAAAUUGGUUUGGGAUCCAUCUCAAUUGCAAGAAUGUGAUAUUGAAUCGUAUUUACAAAAAGCGAGCAUACCAGUAAUUGUUGGUUCACCAUCAUCACAAUCGCCGGCAUCGCCAAUAUCACAAUGUUCGAAUCAAAAACCAUCAUUAACACUACCAAACGGUGUUCAUCUUCGUGAUGACGAAGGUUCAUUAUUCUUAUUGCUUCAAUGUGGUCAUAAUACAGAAGAGGCGUUGCGUCGAAGGCGUUUAAAUGCAACAAUACCGCAAACAGCGGUGGCCGUUGCAGCAACCGCAUCGAAUCAAUCGCCCAUCGAAAAUACCCUAUGGUCGGAAGAAGAGUGUCGGAAUUUUGAGAGUGGUUUACGUGUAUAUGGCAAAGAUUUUCAUGCAAUUCAACAGUCAAAGGUGCGAACACGAUCAGUUAGUGAACUCGUUCAAUUUUAUUAUUUGUGGAAAAAAACCGAACGACAUGAUAUAUUUGCGAAUAAAGCACGUCUUGAGAAGAAAAAAUACAACUUACAUCCAGGGCUCACCGAUUAUAUGGAUCGAUUUUUAGAAGAACAAGAAAAUAACGGCGGUAUCAGUAUAAAUACAUCAAUAAAUAACACCAUUAACACAACAUCACACGGUAAUAGUAAUGGCAAUGAGCAUGCAAGCCGGGAUCGAAGUAUGUCACCGGUUAUAAAUAGUUUACUAUACACAGAUUGUAAGCGUCAACGAAUGUCAGAAUAAAUGAAAAAAAUACAUCGUUUCGUUGAAUCAUUAUCAUUAACAUCUUCAUCAUCCAUCAGCAGAGACAAAAACCACUCGAGAAAAAAAAAAAAAUAA